CAGGCAUCCAGAGCAGAGCGCGCUCGGUAAGAGUUAAAACAGCCUGCACUGUAGUGGCCAGCCCAUAUGCUCGUGGAGAUGAGCAGAAGACACACGAUGGUGCUUUUGUCCGCUUUCGCCGAUCCGGAUGAGGUUUUAGAUCAUCUGUAGCCGUGCGCUGCUGUGCGUCGUCCCCACCCCCGGAGGAUGUACGACGACAGAGAGGGCACUGUGUGGGACCGGGUCGCACGGCCCCACCGGGACUGCAUGUGCUACCUUGGACCCCCUACCACUCUUUUGCCUAUCGGGAUGCGCAAGUCGCCCGACGUGAGCCCCAGAAGGCUGUCGGACAUCAGCCCUCAGCUCAGACAGCUCAAGUACCUGGUGGUGGACGAGGCCAUCAAGGAGGACCUCAAGUCGUCGCGCUCGGUGGAGGACAUCAACAGCGCGUCCAUCGAGGAGCGGAUUCUGCGGAUCACCGGCUACUACGGAUACCAGCCGUGGAGUACGAGCUACAAGAGAGAAGACCGGACCAGAGAGAACGUGGUGGGCUCCACAGAUGCGCAGUCGGCCCCGGCAGCCGGGACAGAGUCCAGCUCCGGCAGGCGGCGGCUACACUGUUGCAUCAAAGUGACAGCCGUGCAAGUGCGGAAGGCCCUGUGGGGUGUUGCGAUGGUGAUGUGCGUGUGCUCGUCCUGGGCGGGCUCCACCCAGCUCGCCAAGCUGACCUUCAAGCAGUUCGAUGCCCCCUUCACGGUCACAUGGUUCGCCACCUCCUGGAACUGCCUCUUCUUCCCCGUCUACUACAUCGGCCAUUGGUGCAAGAGUGCGGAGAGGCAGACGGCCAGGCAGAGACUGAGGGAGUGCUGCAGAUUUUUUGGGGAUGAGGGGCUGACCCCCAAGGUGUUCUUCACCAAGGUAGCUCCCUUUGGCCUGCUGUGGAUCCUCACCAACUACCUGUACCUGCAGGCCCUCAGGAAGAUCAACACAACAGACGUUUCAGCGCUUUUCUGCUGCAACAAGGCCUUCGUCUUUCUGCUGUCCUGGAUUGUACUCAGAGACCGCUUCAUGGGGGUCAGGAUAGUUGCGGCUAUCUUGGCCAUAGCAGGCAUCGUCAUGAUGACCUACGCUGAUGGGUUUCACAGCCACUCAGUCAUCGGCAUCACUCUGGUCGUGGCAUCUGCUUCAAUGUCAGCGCUCUACAAGGUGCUCUUCAAGAUGGUCCUGGGCAGUGCCAAAUUUGGAGAGGCUGCACUCUUCCUGAGCAUUGUCGGGAGCGCCAACUUUGUUUUCAUCAGCUUUGUGCCAGUAAUCCUGUAUUUUACUCAUGUGGAGUACACUGGCUCGUUUGCAGAUAUCCCCUGGGCCUACCUCUGUGGAGUUGCAGCCUUGCUUUUCGCUUUCAAUAUCCUCGUCAACUUCGGCAUUGCGAUUACAUACCCAACAUUAAUUUCCCUUGGCAUUGUCCUAAGUGUCCCUGUAAAUGCAAUGGUUGACUUCUACACCUGUGACAUCAAUUUCAACACGGUGCGCCUCAUUGCCGUGUUCAUCAUCUGCCUGGGUUUCCUCAUGCUGCUGCUACCGGAGGACUGGGACCAGUGCAUCAUCCGGCUCACUACGAAGCUGCGCAAACGGGACGACCCGGCCGAGGCUGCUGGGGAGACCGCCGCAAACACGAGUCUCAACUGGAGAGGGAGAGGCAGGACCUCCCUCUCAACAUACGCACGUUGACUCCAUUGCAACCAAAGGGGGAACAUCAACACGCGGGAUCUGGCUGGUGGCCUACGUUGCGUUUUCCAAAGCUUGCACUGGCUUGGACUGCUCUGUGACACGAAAUUCAGCAGAGGGAGAGAUGUGCAGGAGCCUCAGAUUGUAUAGGAUUUCAUAACAUUAUCAACAGCUUUCUUUCUUACUUAAAGAGGUUAAUCGACAUAAGGUCUUACCCUUACUCAACUUUCAAAUGGCUCUAUUGGUUCAUCAUAUCCUAAAAAGACUUGCCAGUUUGCCUGAUCAAUUCGACAGGUUCACAUUUACUCACAUUUUGAUCCAAAGAAUAACGGCUGAGAACCAAGGAAAGCCCAUCAAGUUUAAUUUAAUCAUAAAUACCUGCCUUUUCUGUACUGUAAAUAGCUGUAUUUCACACCUUGGCCGGGGAGCUGUGCGCCUGAUGGACUCAUUUGGUGUGAAGGGAUCUGUCUGAUCACCUUAGGAUUAAUUGAAGCUAAAAACACAUCCUUUCAAAAGGCCUUUCUUCGCGAUUUGAAGGGAAGAGGCUUUUUUUUCUUACCAUAUUAAGGUGGGUGUGGGCUUUCAUGAGACCAAGGUUCCACAAGCAUGCUAAGGCCAACAUGAAAUACAUUCUUGAGAGAAAAAAAAAUCCAGAUUUUGUCAAAUUACAACCACUAACCUCAAUGAAUUUUUAUAAUAGAUCAAAACAAAGUGGUGCAUAAUUUUAAACUGGAAGGUAAAGGAUACAUGAUUUUCAAUUUAAUCUAAAACAUGUUGGGUGCAUUUGUGUUCUUAAAGAUGUGUCAUCUCUCAUCCAAAAGGUUUUUCUUCUGAAGAUUACGGGUUUGUGAUGGGAGGGAAAGAAGCCAUCUACGUCAACAUAAAAAAAAAAAAAAAAAAAAAACCUGCAUAGAGGGAGUGGGGCUUCAAGUUUCAUCUUUCUAACACUAAGGGUGCAGCAUUGAUUCAUCUUCUUAGGUGGUGUUACAGCCAUUCACAUCAUGAGACAUGAACGGGGGAAAAAAACCUUCAAGUAUUAGUAUUAGUACUGACAUUUUUUAUCGUCAAAUAGCAAAGAC